AUGGGCAAUGCCAACUGUGUCCCCCAGGCUCCCGCCCGCUUCCGAGCCUCCUUCUCCAGGAAAUCCUCGCUGAAAGGCAAAAAAGAGGACAGCAUUAGACGGCGCGGGGGCCUCUUUGGAAGCGAGAGCAGCCAAGAUGGGGACACCAAGGAGGCCAACAAGAUCCUUUACUACAUCCCCGGGACGGACAUUCCGGGCCCAGAAAGUCACAAGGAAAAUGCAGACCAACCCUUCUUCAGCGUGUUCAAGAAGGGCCGGCGGAAAAUGCCAGUGAGGAAUCUUGGGAAGAUUGUCCAUUAUUCCAAGGUCAAAUUUAAGUUCCAGCACUGCCCGGACAUCAGCGAUUGCUACCUGGAACUGUUUCCCUCCUGUCUGUACUUUCAGGCCCAUGGCUCUAGUGGCUUUACCUACCAAGGCCUGCUGCCAUUGACUGAGCUGGUCAUUUCUAGGCUAGACCUAGAAGGGGAAAAUGCCUUCCAGAUCACAGGCCCCCUGCCCUCUCCUCUUCUGGUCUUCUGUCCCGAUGAGGCGGAGCUCCGUCGAUGGCUCUAUCAUCUGGAGAAGCAGAUGGACCUGGCAAGGGUGGCCCAGUGCCCGCUCCCGUUCCUGAAUCCUCUAGAGGAGAGCCAUCGCUGCCCUCUCCCGUGGGCCCUCAAGCACUACCCAGUUCAUCACUGGGAAGGAACCAAGAGAGAGGCUCUGGGAGAUGUGGUCUGUGCCUCCCGAGUGAAAAUGCAGCAUCUGCCCUCCCAGGAGCAGUAUGACCGGAUUCUGGUCCUCUACCCAUCCACACUGAUCAUCCUGUCAGAGGACUCAGAUGGAUUGACCUUCAAGGGGGAGCUCCCGCUCAGUGCCGUCCAGCUCAACUUUGAGGAGAGCGAGAAACAGAUCCGGUCCUUCCUGAUAGAGGGCCACCUCAUCAAUACCAUCCGAGUGUUCUGUGCCAGCUAUGAGGACUACCAAGACUGGAUGCUUUGUUUUCGGGCUGUCCGACUCAAAAGAGGGGGUUCGUCUACCCGCUCGGGCUCCGAGGGCUUCCCGGGGCCACGGCCGCCCCUUCCCAUACAGUUCUCAGUCAGUGGGCGAGGAUCCCUCACCUCGGAUGGCCGGACCAACUCCUGGGCAUCCACGGGACUCCAGACCACCUCCUCCCACACCAGCGGCUCUCUCCCUGACCACCCCAUGCUGCCAGAGAGCUACCCCGCGGGAGCGGACAGCACCUCCCAGAAGGACCAUGGCCAGGCCAACCCCAGCAGCUCCAGCUUGGGAAGGCGUCGGGCAGAGCUGAGACGCAAGGGCAGUGGCCGUUCAUCCAAGGGAAAAGGCGCCGGGCAGCCAAAAGGAGAGGGGCCAGUCAUGAGGGCCCCCCUGCACCUGGACCUGGGCCUCACCAAUCUAAACCGGAGGAGUCUAGAAGGCAGCGAGGAAGCGAUGGCUGGCACCCCCGAGAAGCCCCACUCCCCGCUGUAUGCUGACCCCUACACCCCAACCUCCACCACCCAGAACAAGAUCAAAGACGUCAGUGACCUGGAUGAGUUCCUGGUGGCGGCCAAGAGUUGUGUGGGACAGGAACCACUGAGCACCUUCCCCACCGUCCCAGUCUCCGUCCCUGUCCCCGGCCCAUCUCCCAGCUCUCGCCCCCUCCAGAAGAAGCCGGCCCAUCAGCUCCGGGAGUCUCAAAGGCAUCCAAGAGGCUCCUUCAAGGGCCGGGGAUCGGGGCCACUGGAGACUUCCCGGCCCCGUCAGGUCCAGGUCUCCCCAUCAAAGGAAGGUUCCUCUGACCCUCAACUUCGACUUCCAGGUGGCGGCUCUCCCAGCAGGCAGAGUCACGAGCAGGGACGGCCCUCAGAACCCUCCAGUGGCCCGAGAGACUUCAGUUACGAAAACAUCUGGGACAAGGCAGGGGCGCCUCCUUCUUCCCGACAAAAGUGGCAUCGCUCCCCCGCGUCAGAGGCCGCAGGAAAGCUGUCUCAGUGGAUCUGA